GAAUUAUACUGCAUUUACUGUGCAUUUUAUUAUAGGAACACCUCGUGAAACUAUUGGCCGGCCCUGGGCGCAUUUACUGGUCCUGCAGGACGAUCAUCCCUGUUGCUGGUUCUAGCUUUCUUUUUUCAUUAUGCCUCGUUCAUUUCUGGUGAAAAAGAGCAGGAAGGGAGGCUUUCGUUCCUCUCUUCCCAUCGCUGACGUGCCCUAUCUAGGCCUGGUGGGUUGGUCUGUCCCCAUAAAAGUGGCUACACUACCAGAGGAAUCAGGCCAAGAGAUACAACCAUAUUCUCCAAUCAUGCAGCAAAACAGUACACACAGCAGUCUCAAUAAUGACUGGAAAACAGAUCCAGCCGGUUUCCGGUACGGCCCUCCUCCGUCUCCAGUGCACUGGUUACCUGUCAACUCUAGAGACGUAGCAGACAUACAAGGGCUCAACAGCAGAGACAGUUCACUGGAAUGUUCUCUGAUGAGUCCUCGGAGGGAUUUGGGCCCAAAACAUUGCAGCUUGUGUGGCAAGGUUUUCUCAUCUCUUGCUCGUCUGGAGUCUCACGUGUACAGAUCGCAUGGUAGUCAUCAUGGACGGUCUCUGGUAUUCUGUGACAGCAAGGACCCUGUGAUGCCAUGUAGGAUAAAGGAACGAACAUUUGAGUGUAAGGAAUGUGGGAAGGUAUUCAAACGCUCAUCCACUCUGUCCACCCACCUCCUGAUCCACUCGGACACACGGCCAUAUCCCUGCCAGUACUGUGGCAAGAGAUUCCACCAGAAAUCCGACAUGAAGAAACACACCUUCAUACACACCGGAGAGAAGCCACAUGUUUGUAAAGUGUGUGGUAAAGCCUUCAGUCAGAGCUCCAACCUGAUCACACACAGCAGAAAACACUACAGACCCUUCAGCUGAACACACACUUUCCUCCAGGAGGAUCGGAGUGCCUACCCAACCAAGACCUUUGUGAAUGUACAGAAAUUACCUUUAAACACAAGUAUUAUAAAUUAUCAAGUGCAUAUUUUCUUCUAUAUGUUUAAACCAAGUCAUUUGUUCAUGCAGCAGUGCUUAAGAACAGUGUUAUGUGUGAUAUAAAAGAAAGCGUCAUAGCUGUACAUCAAUAAUAAUUAAAAGCAAA